AUGCGGUCAGGUCCGAAAAAGGUGGAGCUUAUCGAAGCUGUCGUGAUCAAUCCAGCGGUACAUUCCGCAACCCCUCCCCCGCGUUCCCUCGCCUUCACCCCCAACUCAUCAUCCUGCACCAGUCCCCACCAAAACAGUCGAAUCCCACCGCUAUACGAAAUGCCGCUGAUUGCCCAAAAUCCCCAGCCUCGAGUCAUCCUCGGCUUGAUGACCUUUGGCCCGACCGAGUCCAAGGGCGCCCGCAUCACCUCCCUCGACGAAUACAACAAGUGCCUGGACUACUUCCAGCAACAAGGCUUCAACGAAGUCGACACUGCCCGGAUCUAUGUCGGUGGCGAGCAGGAGGCCUUCACGGCCAAGGCGAACUGGAAGGAGCGUGGUCUGACCCUCGCGACAAAAUGGUAUCCGCAAAAAGCCGGUGACCACAAACCUUCAGUGGUGCGCGAGAAGCUUGAGCUGUCUUUGAAGGAGUUGAAUACCAAUCAGGUGGAUAUCUUUUACUUGCACGCCGCCGAUCGCUCGGUCCCAUUUGCGGAGACAUUGGAAAUGGUCAAUGAGUUACAUAAGGAGGGCAAGUUUGUCCAGUUCGGUCUGAGUAACUAUACUGCUUUCGAGGUCGCGGAGAUUGUUAUCACCUGUACCGAGAGGGGUUGGGUGCGUCCCACGAUCUUCCAGGCCAUGUACAAUGCUAUCACUCGUAACAUCGAGACCGAACUAGUCCCCGUUUGCCGGCGCUACGGCCUCGACAUCGUUAUCUACAACCCUCUAGCCGGAGGAUUGUUCUCUGGAAAGAUUAAGAGCAAGGACGCUCCCGCCGAGGGAAGAUUCAGUGACAAGAGCGGCACUGGAAAUAAUUAUCGCAGCCGGUACUUCCGGGAUGCCAACUUUGAAGCUCUUAGCAUGAUCGAGCCGGUUGUUGAGAAGCAUGGGUUGACGCUAAUCGAGACAGCCUUGCGAUGGGUGCGUCACCAUUCGACGCUGAAGAUGGAUGAUGGAGGCCGUGAUGGUAUUUUGGUUGGCAUUAGCAGCUAUGGUCAGCUGGAGACCAACCUCAAGGACCUCCAGAAGGGCCCUCUCCCAGAGGAAGUUGUGGAGGCUUUGGAUCAGGCCUGGAUGGUCGCCAAGCCUUAUGCUCCAAACUACUGGCACUUGGACUUGAAGUAUACUUACGACACCAAGGAGGCCCUGUUCAAGCCCAAGCCCAAGGUGUAG